AUGAUGUUCAAAUAUGUCAAUGAAGACCAAAUUGAUAUUGAACUUAAAUGUACAAUAUGCGAUGAGCCAUUUGAAGCGCCUAUGAACUGUGCAACAUGUGGAAAUACAUAUUGCAAAUCCUGCAUAUUAAAAUGGUUAGAAAAACAAGCAUCAUGUCCAUCAUGUCGACAAACUGGAGCUGCUUUUCAACCUGUUAUAAGUCGAGUUGUACGUAAUCAAUUAAAUCGUUUAUUAGUUCAAUGUGCAUUAUGCAAAUACACAGGUAUUCAACGAUCGAACUUCAACGAUCAUAUUUCUGGUACAUGUCCGAAGUAUAUUAUUAAGUGUAGUAAUAAUUGUGGAUGGAAAGGAGUUCGAGAAAGUCAUCAACAACAUUUAAUAACAUGUCGACAAAAUCCAUUUCCAAAUAGUCUUUCAAAAUUUUCGAACAUAGUAUUUAUUCUAAUUCUAUCGACUCUUCUUUAUUGGAUAUUUCGAAGAGGCGACAAAUAA